CCACCGCCACCUUCGUCGCGUGCGGCCAUGGCGGAGCCGCCCGUGAGCGUCCAGGACGUGCAGAGCCUGGUGCGCAGGAAGGACGAGAUCGAGGCGCAGAUCCGGGCCUGCUACGAGCUCCUGGAGGACCAGAAAGGAGUCGGGAUGAACGAGCCGCUGGUGGAUGUGGAAGGGUACCCGCGGGCAGACGUCGACCUGUACCAGGUCCGCACGGCACGGCACAACAUUAUCUGUCUGCAGAAUGAUCACAAGGCCGUGAUGAGGCAGGUGGAAGAAGCGCUCCACCAGCUGCAUGCACGGGAGAAGGAGAAGCGUGCCAGAGACGAGGCAGAGGCACAAGCCGAGGCAGUGAGUCAGAACCAGAGCCUGCCUCAACCCUUCGCCAGAGUGAAUGCUGUCACGCCGGGAUCUCCUGCCAGUCUUGCGGGAUUACAGGUCGACGAUGAGAUCGUUGAGUUUGGCUCUGUCAACGCGCACAACUUCCAGACUCUGCAGAACAUCGCCACUGUUGUGCAGCACAGUGAAGGGAAACCGCUGAGCGUGAGUGUGAUCCGUGGAGGCGAGAAAGUUCACCUUGGGCUUACACCAAAGCGCUGGACAGGGAAAGGCCUCCUGGGCUGCAAUAUUGUCCCAUUGCAAAGAUGACUGAGGCUUGGAAAACAGUAACCCUGAAGUUGCUUCUGCUUUAUAAACUCUGAUCUGGUUUGAAGAGUUCCCUUAUGACGUGCAUCAUCUUGCUAAAUCUAGAAUGUUUGUGGUGGGCUCAGGGGCUUUGACUUCAAGUAAUCAGAUAUACUGAACCUAAAUAGGUUUCAGCACACCUGUGCACAGGCCAUGCUAAGAAAUUGUACCAACUUGUAGGGGAUAGUUCAUAGAAUUAAAGGAUUUCACUGACGCUCAUGCAAAUGCAGUGUGAGCUCAGAUGCAGUCCAGGCUUCUCUUCAGUUAAACUUCCACAAAUAAUUCCAUGGCCUUUACUGAGUAUUGUGUUGUGUGUGAUCACAAGAAAGUAGCUUUUGACAAUAAAGAUUUAAGCACUUUUUGUGAUGAUAUA